AUAGGCUAUAAUGGCAAGACCGCGAAUUGAGGGUGAUAGAAGCGCUGACAAUGCUACGAGAUUUGGAUGAAAUAGCGUCAGGUGGAGGGGAGGAACUUGAUGCUGAGAUCGACUAUGAUGAUGAAUGGGGGAAUUAUUCAAUAGAUUCCGAUGCUGAUUAACGAUGCCCAGCGUGCAGGUGUCAACAACUCAGAUGGAGGGAGGGGUAGGACGGCACGGUUUGGAUAAAACAGCCAGUGGACAACGCUGCAGGUCGGUUAUGAGCACAGAAUGGCACCCCUUGAAAUCGGGCCCUACACCUUACGCCAAAGGCAGAAUCGACAGAGCAUUCGACAGCUUUCAUUGUUUAUGUAACAUGGAGAUGUUGCAGCACAUCAAGGACUGUACUGCAGCUGAGGCGCACAGAGCGAGAGGAGACAACACGUGGGACAUGUCUGUGGAUGAGCUGGAAGCGUUCAUUGCGCUCCUAUAUGUCCGAGGACAGUACGUAGGAAUGAACACGCCUUUGGAGAGCUUCUGGAACGAAAAACCUGGGGCGAUUUUUUUUUAUUCCCGGAGUCACUAUGCCCACGGAACCGCUUCAGAGAGAUCAUGCGAUACCUGUGUUUUGACGCAAGAGAGACCAGACGCAUGCGCCUGGAAACGGACGUUUGGGACGCGUUUGUACAGAACUGUGUUUUCUCUUACAAGCCAGGAGUGAACAUUUCCGUGGAGGAGCAAUGUUUCCCCGCAAAAGCUAAGUGCACCUUUACGCAGUACAUCCCCUACAAGCAAGACAAGUGGGGCAUGAAGUUUCGGUUGGCAGCUGACGUCGACAGCAAGUACGCGCUGAAUGUCUUUCCAUAUCUGGGGAAAGGUGACUCUCAGCGUCCUGAAAUUGUGGUGAUGAGGCUUGUAGGCCUCACUCACUGUACAUGCUAUUCGACUAACUAAUGCCGCAGAGAAAGGGGUAGGUGAAGUGAAAUUAGCUCGGUUAAUUGGAGAUAAUAUAUUGUUAGUAUUGUGCGGUAGCCAGGCUCAGCAAGAGAAUAUUUAGAAAAUGGAAAAGCUUAAUGGGAAGAAGGUUAAAAGCCAUGUCCCUGGUGCUUAUGUUAGGUUGAAGCGAGUCAUCACUGUAGUCCCAAAAUCUAUGUCCGCAGAUGAUAUCAACGAUGUGAAGGGAGGCAGAGUGAUUGGGGACAAAAAGUUGAUCAGUAGGAAAGAAGGCCAAAGAAGGGAAAGCUUAUCAGUGCUGCUGAGGUUUGAGAAAGCCGGGAAAAGUACAGAUCGGAUUCCUUCGUUUCAAUGUUAGAGAAUUUGUCCCAUAUGCACUGCAGUGUUUUAAAUGCCAAAGAAUGCGACAUGUAGCUGCUCAGUGUGAAGGAAAUAAAAGAUGUGUCGAGUGGAGGGGCACAAGAUUACAGUGAAUGUGGAAGCAAUGUGAAAAUGAAGUGCUGUAAUGGUGGGGGGGAACGCAGUGCAGCAUUUGGUGGAUGCCAGGCACAGAGAGGGGCUAGAGGCUCAGCGAUAUGGGAUCAGUAGAAGUUAGCGAUUCAUUUGGUUUUGAAAUUUAUUUUCACGGUAGUACAGAAUUGCGCAGAUCAUUAUUUAUCGUACAUUGCAGCACAGUAGGUGGCGGCAUGCGCGAAAACGAUUGUUUGCGGACCGCUAUGAUAUAAUAGAAGCAGAAGAAGAAGAAGGCCAUAACAGCUAUGGCUGCUUCUGUACUGUUCCGCAUUUGAGCUAUCUGAAAAACAUGAAUUUAUCGAGACGAAUUGGUCAAAUUGAAUAAGACGGAGAAAAGCAAGCAUGAAAAUGUUUUGCCCUGGGAAAGAAAACCGAUUGACUGAACAAAGGAAAGUCUCUGCCUCCCAUGUGGGAAAACUCCGCAAUAAGUUAAAAGCCAUCCUGAAGAAAAAGUACCAAAGUCCACCAGGGGGAGAAACUGAGCAUCCAUUUUAUAUACAUUGUGAUCUCCAGUAUCCACCUGGUGAAAGUAGCAAGGAGAACCAACAUGAGUACAUUCUAUCUGAGCCAGGCUACAGGAGAAGACAUCAAGGAACAUGUUCAUUCCGAAACUCAGAAGUCGAUGAGCCUAUCAGAACAGCUCUGACAAAGGGCGUCUCUGGUAUUGGCAAAACUAGCCAGGUGCGGAUGAUGAUUCUUAACUGGGCAGAGGGAAAAGGAAACCAGGAAGUUCAACUAAUAUUUCCCCUUCCUUUCCGAGAGCUGAAUUUGCUGAAGGAGAGACUGAGUCUGAUUGAACUUCUUUACGAGUUUUUCCCAGAAUUGAAAGAACCUGGAAUUUGCAACUUGGAGAACUGCAGAGUUGGGUUCUUCUUUGACGGGCUGGAUGAAUUCCGUCGUCCUCUCGACUUCAAGAACAGCCUGAUUGUGACCAAUGUCAACGAGGUUUCCUCUGUGCCGACACUGUUGACAAACCUCAUUAACGGUAAUCUCCUUCCCUCCGCCGCUCACAUAUGGAUUACAUCCAGACCUGCGGCAGUCAGUCGCAUCCCUCUUCAGUACAUUGACAGAGUGUCAGAAAUCGAAGGCUUCACCGACUCCCAGAAAGAGGAGUUCUUCAGGAGAGCAAUCAAUGACGAGAACCAGGCCAAAGCAGUUAUCACCUACUUGAAGAACUCAAAGGGCCUCUACAACUUGUGCCAGAUACCUUUUAUCUGUUCAAUCUCAGCGUCAAUCCUCGAGAAACAGACAUAUGUACCCGACAAAACAUGCGAACCUGUCGCACUAACUCCAUUAUUUAACGACCUACUCAUCCUGUUACAAAUGGCGAACCACAAUGUAAAGAUAGUUAACGAAUUGGGGGAACUAGCCUUGAAGCAGUUGGUGAAAGGCAACACGGUUUUCUACGAGGAAGACCUACGAGAGUGCAACAUUGAUGCCCGAGUGGCAGCUGUGUACGCAAAAGGGAACAUACCCAUCUUCAGGGAGGAUAUUGGGCUGCACCAACAGAAGAUCUACUACUUUGGGCAUACCACCAUUCAGGAGUUCUUUGGCGCAUUGCGGUUUCUUCAAUCUGUUGACGUCCAGGACGAAAACCGGGCUGUCAACCAGAAAACCCAGUUCGAAAGAACUCUCUGGUUUUUUAGAGAUGCCACCCAACUCAAGAGCGCGGUGGACAUGACUUUGCGGAGCAAGACCGGACACAUGGACCUCUUCCUUCGCUUCCUCCUCGGCAUUGCUCAGAACUUUAACCAGAUGUUCUCUGAGGCUGGCUUCACCUCGUCUACUACCCUUCCGGAAAUGUUAGUGUACAUCAAGGAGAAGGUCUUGGAGAAUCCCGCUUCGCCGAGGACCCUCAACCUGCUGAACUGCCUGAGGGAACUGAAAGACUAUUCUCUAGACAACGAUAGUGUGCACUUUCUCAAGACGGGAAUCCCCCCAGAUGCCAAAUAUCCACCUUCACAUUGGUCCGACCUGGCCUCUCUGUUAGUGGCAUCGGAGUCUGGGCCGAUAGACAUGCUUGGGUUGGAAGUAGAGAACAGAGGAGACAAGGAACUUCUGAGGAUGCUGCCAGUGAUCAAAGCUUCCCAGACAGCCACACUGUCGUAUCACAACCUGACUGAGAAAUCCUGUGAAUGUCUGGGCUCGGCGCUCACCUCAAAGGUGUCCAAUCUGAAAACUCUGGACCUGAGUUUCAACACGCUGAAGGACUGCGGAGUGCAGCUGUUGGCGGCCGGCUUGGCCAAGCCACACUGCCGACUGGAAAGACUGAAACUGUCCGGCUGCAGGGUGAAACAGAAUGGCUUUGCAGCUCUGGCCAAAGCUCUCAAAUCCAACCCGUCGCAUCUGCGAGAGCUGGAUCUGAGUGGCAACGAACCGGAAGAAUCGGGGGUGUUUCAUCUCGUUGACGGACUAAAGGUUGUUAAGUGCGAACUGCAGAUCCUGAAGCUCUCAAACUGCAAGCUGGGCCUGGAGCUGUGUCGCGCUCUGGCGGUGUUGCUGAUAGACAACCCCAGACACCUGCGAGAGCUGGACGUCAGCAUGAACGACCUGGGAGACCGGGGGGUGAAGCUGCUCAUGGACACACUGAAGUCAACCCAGAUAUACAAACUGGAGUUGUACUGUUGUCAGCUCACUGAGAAAUGCUGUGAGAACAUGUUUGGAUGUCUGGUGAACAUCCCCAGUCUGAGGGAGCUCAACCUGAGCAACAACAACCUGAAGGACGAGGGGGUCAAGAUGCUCUGCAAAGCCUUCGGACUGCCCGCCUGUCAACUGGAGAAACUCAAUCUGGCGAGCUGUGGCUUCACGUCUGGAGGCUGUCGAUGUCUGGUUGGAGGGUUCAGUUUCAGCCCCACCUUCCUCAAACAGCUGGAUAUCAGCAGGAACCACCUGGGCCACUCAGAUGUCGCAUUUUUCCUGUUCCUCAAAACUAUACGCUUUUCACUGGAGACCCUACGACUGAGUGACUGUAAGAUGACAGAGCUAUGCUGUCCAGAGCUGGUCGAAGCUCUCCGCUCCAGUCUCACCAACCUGAAAGAGCUGGAUCUAUCUGGAAAUGAACUGGGAGACAUCGGUGUGAAAACACUCUGCAUGGGACUGACCUCAACAACCUGUAAACUGGAGAGACUGUUUCUGAGAUGCUGUGGAAUCACAGUAAAGGGCUGCUCCUCCCUCGCCGUAGCCCUGAAGUCCAGCCGCUCCAGCAUCACAGAACUAGGCCUGACGGGAAAUGACACGGGAGAAGAAGGACUGAGAAUUCUCUCUGACAUCAGGGACAACCAACGCUACAAACUACAGACUCUAGAAAUAAACGAUUGAGUGGCCUUGCUCGCUGGAUGGAGGUGGUUCUUGGCUCGACCUCUUCCCAAAUCUGGAGUGAAGUUACUGAACGAGGAACACUCUGGAGUGAAGAUACGAAACGAUUGGCUGACAAGUCUCGACACACUAGCUCAACAGUAAGCACUUGACGUGCUUUGGAUCAACGUGACUGGUUCACUGACUGUUGACCAUUUUUAAAGUGCCUUUCAGUAUCCUGGCUGCUCACACUUGAACAGAAGACCACAGAGUAUUUACCUAGAACCAGAUAGUCAGGCUGAAAUGACACACACACACACACACACACACACACACACACACACACACACACACACACUGUUACUAACUCCGUUCCUCUGGUCUUGCUACAGUAUCAACUCAUUUAACCUUUGCAGAAGCCUUACAGUAUGUUUUGCACAUCAGUAUGUACACUAGUAUGUAUAGACUUUGUAACAGGCACCUCUGCUCCUCAGACGCACAUGACCGGCCUCUUGACAACGUCUUAGCCAACUACGGUACCGACCAGCUAGCAGUUUGGUGGAGUGAGGUUACGUUAUCGCGUCUCUGAGGGAGAAGGAUGAUGCAACGUUUUCUUUUUAACACUGGUACAGUCCCUUGGGUAGCACAGUCUUUUUGUUUUUACAUUUUUAUUUGAUAGUGCUUUUUCUUAAUUAAGAUAACCAAACGUUUCGGAAAAUGUGUACAGUAGUACAACUCUUGGUUUAUUUAUUAUUGUUGCAUACAAUGUACAUUUUACCCAAAUAUACCUAGCUACUUCUA